AUGGCGCCAACUAAAAGAAGCGCCUCUGACGCUUCUGGCACGUCCAAGGCCAAAUUUCGCGAUACAAAUGAGCCAGCCCCCAAACGCGUGCGCAAGUCCGACAGUUCCACUGAACAAACCAGAGAUGGUCAAACCACCACUAAUGAGUUUUCGAAGAAUAAGCCGCUCGGAGCGAAAUCCGUAUUGAAGAGCGAGAGCAAGAGUUUUCCUCGUGGCGGUGGCAGCGUGCUAACCCCGCUGGAACACAAGCAGAUUCAGAAUGAGGCAGCGAAGGACGUUCUUUUUGAGCAGUCUGUUAACAAGAAGGGCCGUGAGGACCACAGUCAUGGCGAAGAAGCAGUCAAAUUCGCUGCGGAGACUACCGGAAAGGGACCAAGGAGACAUAAAAGCAUUCGGAACGGCGAAGGCCCGGACAUCGCGGCCACAGCAGAGAAAGCGAUGAGGACUGAUAGCCUGAGCUACAAAAACCUAGCUCCCGGCACAUUGGUGUUGGGACAGGUCGCUAAGAUCACGUCUCGCGAUGUCGUGGUCAAGCUUCCGAACAAUCUCAGUGGCUUUGUACAACUAUCUGGUGUUUCUGAGCAGCUCAACAGCAAGAUUGCCAACCUUUUCGAAAAAGCCGAAGGCGAAGAGAGAGAGAAACAGGAAUUUCAAAUAGAAGAAGAUGAAGACAACGGCGUCGACGACAACAUUGAGCUCAGUUCUUUCUUCUAUGUCGGGCAGUAUCUCAGGGUGUGCGUAACUUCAAAAGACGCAAGUGAAUCAAGCAACAACAUAGCGAAGAAACGCAUUGAGCUCUCUGUAGAUCCUAGAGAGACGAAUCGAGGCCUGGGAAAGUCCGGACUAGUGGUUAAUGGAAUGGUACAGGCUUCCGUCCUCAGCAACGAGGAUCAUGGUCUAGUUAUGGACUUAGGGCUUGGCGAUGCUAAAGUGAGGGGUUUCAUGUCAUCCAAAGAACUCCCGAGUAAUCUGAAACACGAGGAGGUACUAGAAGGAACUGUGCUCCUCUGCCUGAUCACUGGACUCAGUUCGGACGGACGUAUAGUGAAACUCUCCGCGGAUCACUCAAAGGUCGGAAACGUCAAGAAGACGCAUUUUCUGGUGGACGCUCCGACAGUCGAUACUUUCCUCCCUGGAACCGCUGUUGAGCUCCUUCUGACAGAUAUUUCGGCUUUUGGCGUAAAUGGCAAAAUAAUGGGUAUGUUAGAUGCCUCCGUUGAUAUAAUUCAUUCUGGGGCCGCGAACUCCCACAAAGAUCUCGAAAACCGAUACAAGAUCGGAAACAAAGUAAAGGGCCGGAUUACCGCGACGUUUCCUGAUGCAGAUGUUCGAAGGGUCGCGGUAUCAUUCCUCCAUCAUGUCACAAAUCUUACGACCCCAAGAGACAAGAAUGACAGGCCAUCGGCAGAAACACCUCAGCCACUCGAUGUAUCAUCAUUCGUAGAAGCCGCGAAGGUCACUAAAGUGCACCCUAAUCUUGGCCUGUUUUUUGACAUUGGAGUACCGGCAAUGCCAGGCUUUGCGCAUAUCUCGCGCAUCAGUGAUCGCAGGAUUGAUAAUAUUUCUGGAGCAUCAGGUCCCUACGCAGUGGGCACAUCUCACAGGGCAAGAGUUUUAGGAUUCAAUCCUAUGGAUGGUCUGCACAUACUGUCCUUGGAGCAACGCGUCUUAGAGCAGCCGUUCCUUCAACUAGAGGAUGUUCGUAUCGGGCAGGUAGUUCAUGGAACCGUAAAAAAGCUGUUCAUCAACGAAACUGGCACCCCGAAUCUGACCGUCCAAAUUGCCGAAGGUAUAGUAGGUUUAGUGGCAGAAAGUCAUUUCGCAGACGCUCACCUUGAGCACCCUGAGAAGAAAUUUAGAGAAGGUGUAAAAGUUAUAGCACGGAUUCUAUCCAUUAAUUUGACCAACCGUCGCUUUCGAAUGACACUCAAGAAGUCUCUCGUCAAUUCCGAUGCCGAUACAUGGUCAACUUAUGAUAAUAUCUCUGUUGGCGACCAGUCGCCUGGUACUGUUCUCAAGCUCCUUCCUACCGGGGCGGUGGUAGAAUUCUACAAUCGAGUCACAGCUUUUCUCCCAAAAUCAGAGAUGAGUGAAGCAUACAUCGACAAUCCAUCAAGACAUUUUAGGAUUGGCCAAGUUGUUAAUGUUCGUGUCCUUUCUGUGGAUCCAAGGGAGUCUCGCAUGAUAGUCUCGUGUAGAGACCCAAGCGCUAUCGACACAGCUCAAAGAGAUGCCUUUAAGGCUCUGAAAGUCGGUAAUCUAGUCACCGCUACUGUACUAGAAAAGUCAGACGACUCCAUAGCUGUCGAAGUAGCAGGAGAUGUCAAAGGUAUCAUUCGCAUGGGCCAUCUGACCGAUGGGACCGAAAAGAAAGAGAGAUCCGCCUUCAAGCGUAUCCGUGUUGGCCAGAAGCUUGAUGGAUUGCUUAUACUGAAGAAAAUCGACAAGCGAUCCCAAAUUGAUCUAACGAACAAGCCGUCGUUGGUGGAGGCUGCGAAGAAUGGUACAUUGAUCACUAAGUUCGAGGAUCUUUCCGAGGGCCAGGUCGUGGACGGGUUUGUGCGCAACUUUGACACAGCUAAAAUCUUUGUUGAGUUUGGUGGCGAGGUUGUAGGAGCCCUGUUUAAGUCGCAGCUCAACGAGGAUGUACUAAGUCUUCCAAACUACGGUCUGCGAGUUGGAUUGUCUCUAGCUGCACGGAUCUCGCACAUUGACUUCGGUAAUAAGCGUUUUCUCCUGAGCAUGAAGCCUUCGAAGUCCACUAAAGAUACCACUGAGAUGCUCGUAGCCCUUGAAGCCGGCACCAAAACAAAAGCCACAAUAACACAGGUCAUGAGCACUCAAAUCUUGGUCAAGACUGAAAACGAAACACCUGGUCGAAUCGAUGUCUCUGAGGUAUAUGAUGAUUGGGAUAGCAUUAGUAACAAGAAGCAACCACUCCGGGAUUUUGAGAUAGGUCAGAAACUCGACGUCACGGUCAUUGGAUCAUACAAUGUCAGAGGCUACCGAUUUCUACCACUGAGCCAUCGCAAGAGUGGUAAUUCUAUACUAGAGCUUACCGCCAGAAGGAACUACAACCACGGCUCAGAAGACAGUAUUUUGACUAUGGAUAAAGUAAAAGUCGACGACACAUACACUGGUUUUGUUAAUAAGGUAGCCGAUGGCUUCGCAUGGCUCAACCUGUCGCCGAGUGUACGCGGACGCAUGGACAUCGUCGAAGCUCUCAAUACUGGAUCUUCUAUGAACGGUUCGGAAGAAAGCUUUCCAAUCGGGUCAGCGGUGCGCAUCAAGGUCAGAAACGUAGACGUUGCAAAGGGCCAACUGGAUCUGGCCUCCGUUGCCGUCAAAGAACCGCUGAGCUGGGACGCGCUCUCCGAUGGACUCAUCCUGCUUGGCCGUGUUCGCAGAUCCUUCGAACGCUACGUUCUGAUACAGCUUAGCGACAGUAUCAAUGGCAUCAUCCCCCGUACUGAGUUGGCCGACAAUUAUGAUGAAGCUAGUCCGACCAAUUUAGACGCGAAGUCUACAGUAAGGGUCAAAGUCGUUCAUCUUGAUAAGCCUAAUAAGCAUAUCACUCUGUCGGUCCGGCCGUCAAACGUGCUCGACUCUGGUAUCAAGCCCACCGAUCGCCAAAUACUUCGGAAGACUGAUCUCAAAGCCAAUGAUGUCGUCCGCGGCUUCAUCAAGAAUGUAGCUGCCAAUGGUAUCUUUAUUAAUCUUGGCCCAAACGUAGAUGGAUUCGUCAAAGUGUCUGAUCUGUCUGAUUCUUACAUCAAAGACUGGAAAGGUGGCUAUCAAGUGGACCAGCUUGUCAGAGCGAAAGUUCUUGACGCCAACUCAGAGAACGCCGUACCCCUCAGCCUGAAAGCUUCCGUUCUUGAUGAACAUUAUGUGCCACCGGCACGUUUUGAGGACUUUGAGCAAGGUCAAAUUGUCACUGGUACCAUUCGAGUGAUAUUUCAGUACGGUGUCAUAAUACUGGUUGACAAUUCUCUAAACGUCAGUGGUCUGUGUCAUCGAAGCCAAAUUGCCGAUGAACGCAUUGACAAUUUAGAAGCACUGUAUGAGAAAGGCGACAAGGUGAAAGCCAUAAUUCUCAAGCUGGACCCAGAACAGCGAAAGAUAAGCUUCGGCAUGAAAGCUUCUUAUUUUGAAAGGCACGGAGAUGCAGAAGAUAUUGAUUCUGACAUCGAUGAAGGUAAUAUUGAUCUUGACGAAGUCGAGGAUAAUGGAAGUAUUACCGAUGCCGAUGCUCAGGAGGUCACAAAUGAUGUUGAAACGAAUUCAGGCGGGUGUUUCGAAAUAAUGGAUGUUGACGCAGGGUCCGGAGACGAAGCUGAUGGACUUGCUACUUCAGGCUUUGACUGGACAGGCGUAAACAUGGAUAUCGAUGACGCCGAACAAUCCGUUGACGAGGAGGUCGAUGCGUCGCAGAUCAAAAAAAGGCGGAAGCGGCGAGCUGAAAUCGUUGAGGAUCGAACUGAUGCCUUGGACAAGUAUGGUCCUCAAUCAGUGGCUGAUUUUGAACGACUACUUCUCGGUUCUCCGAACGACUCAUACUUGUGGAUCCAGUAUAUGGCAUUCCAGGCAGCGCUUAAUGAGAUCGACAAAUGUCGUGAUAUAGCCCGACGUGCGCUCGAUACAAUCAAUAUGAAAGACCAGGAGGCAAAGAUGGAAGUAAGAACUGCAUUACUUAAUCUUGAAAUCAGAUUUGGUAGUGAUGAGACCGUUGAAGAGGUAUUUAAAGCAGCUUGUCAGGUUCAUGGGCCAUACGAGAUGCACAACCGACUAGUGGACAUCUAUAUCAAGGAGAAGAAACUCGAAAAAGCCGAUAUGCUGUAUCAGUCUAUGCAGAAAAUCAAAGAAAUCACGGUCCACGUUGUAUAUUGGGUCUCGUACGCCAACUUUCUCCUGACCUCGUUAAACGCCCCGGCGAGAAAGCAAGCCCUCCUCGCUCGCGCCGUUCAGUCAGUACCAGCCUCUCAACAUCGAGAUCUCACGGCCAAAUUUGCAAGCUUAGAGUUCAAAUCGCCAAACGGUAACGCAGAGCUCGGCCGCACAAUCUUUGAAGAUUUGCUGAAUAUAUAUCCCAAGAAAUGGGAUUUAUGGGACAGCUUUGUGCAAUUGGAGAAAGCCCACGGCGAAGAGGCAAACGUGCGGACCUUGUAUGAGAGGAUGGGCAAAAGCCGGAUGAAAAGUCGGAGAGGACAACUUGUCUUCAACAGCUGGAAAAAAUGGGAGGCGAGCAUAGGUAACAAGAAGGGCGAGGACCGUGUGCGAGCAUUAGAAGAGCAGUGGGAAAAGAGGAAGAAGGCAGCGGACAUAGAGGAUGAAUGA